CUCCCCAAGCUGCAAACCCUCUACCUAACAACUCUGUACAAAAUAAUUUAAACCUUGUUUCUAAAGCUUUAUUAGACUACCCUUCAACUUUUUCAAAAAUUUCAUAUUGCAUAUUUUUCAAGGGUUUUAAAGAAGAAAAAAAAAAUGAUGGUUAG